AUGUUUGGGACGAUGGGACCUGGUCGUCUAACAUGGAUCAUCUUCGUGUGCACCUUCAUUGUGGGGGAGUAUCACUGCAUGACCUCCCAGACAAAGACCGCCUGCAGUGUGAAGAACAGCAGAGCUGACUGCAGUCACCGUAACUUGAGCGCAGUGCCUCAAGAUUUACCUGAAAACAUCACCAGACUGGACAUGUCUCACAACAGACUGGCGCUGGCUCUCCUCGACUCACUGAAGCGAUACAAAGGCCUGUUCCACCUCGACCUGAGCUACAACAGCAUCGCCAAGCUGGGUGGGGGCUUGUGCCAGAGCCUGCGUCUACUGCAGACGCUGAACUUGGCCCACAAUGAAGUGGGUUUACUAAAACAAGAAGAUCUGGUGACCUGCACCAAUCUAACAUGGCUGAAUGUGGCUAGUAACAGGCUGAAACUGCAUGGAGAACCCUUCACUUCGCUACAGAACCUGAAGUUUUUGGAUGUUUCUAUGAACAAUCUGCAAACAGCCAAGCUUGGUUCGCAGCCUCAGCUGCCCAGCUUGGUAACACUGAACCUCGGACGCAACGAUUUCACGUCUCUGAACACGGGAGACUUCUCCUUCCUCAGAAAUUCACCUUUUCUACAAGUCGUCAAUCUGUCAGUUGUGUCCCUAAAAACAUUGGAGUCAGGGUGCUUUAAGCCCAUUUCAGGCCUGCGUAAAUUAAUCCUCGAUGGGAGCAAUAUUGGCAACGCCUUUGUUUCUAAACUCUGCUCGGAACUGUCUGGUACAUCCAUUGAGGCUCUGUCUCUGAAGAAGAUAAAGCUGGUCACAUUCAAUAAAAACACCUUCACAGGACUGCAGAAUACAAACCUAACUGUGCUGGAUCUGUCCUGGAAUAGCAUAAGCACAAUUGAAGAUGGUUCUUUUCGGUGGCUGUCUACACUUCAAACUCUAGUCUUGACUGACAACAACAUUAAGCACUUGACCAAAGGAACGUUUCAAGGCCUUAAAAUGUUAAUGACACUACAGCUGACCAAAGCGUUAGUGAACAGUCAUAAAGCUCUUCCUGUCAUUGAUGAUUUCUCUUUCCAACCGUUAGGCAACCUCAAGAGCCUGAUUUUACAAAAAUCAACUUUUUCCAAAAUCACGGAGAACACUUUCACUGGCUUGACAAGUCUCGCAGAACUUGAUCUGAGUUGGAGUAGCUACAUGCAUACCUCACAGAAGCAUAUUACCAGCAAGACCUUUGUCUCACUUGCCGAUGCACCGCUGAGAAAGCUAAAUCUAACAGGCAAUGCUCUGACACAGAUCGAGUCUGGAAGCUUCUUGGUUUUGAAAAACCUCCGUAUUCUUCUUCUCGAUCACAAUUUCAUCAAGCAAACUCUCGUGGGCGGAGACUUCGAAGGUCUAGAUCAGAUCCAAGAGAUUCACAUGACCAAUAACUUCCAGUCGGUUAACCUGACCGCCAGUUCGUUUGUAAAUGUGCCCACUCUUCGAGUCCUGACUCUGGGGAAGAGCCUUAAAGCCGAAGCCUUGAACCAGGAUCCCUCUCCUUUCCAUCCACUGACCAACCUCACAGUCUUAGAUCUCAGCAACAACAACAUCGCCAACCUCAGAGAGAACAUUCUCGAAGGGCUUGUAAACCUCAAGGUGCUGAAGUUCCAACACAAUAACUUGGCUCGGUUGUGGAAGUCCGCUAAUCUUGGAGGUCCUGUCUUGUUUCUGAAGAACACAAAGAAGUUGACAACUUUAACGCUGGAUUACAACGGACUGGAUGAGAUUCCACUGGAGGCUUUUAGUGGUUUGAGUAACCUCAGCGAGCUCAGCGUUGGCAACAAUCUCCUUGACGAUCUUCAGUACUCAGUUUUUGACGAUCUGAAGUCUCUUCGCCUUUUAGGUUUGGAGAAGAACCUGAUCACCUCUGUCAGACCUGAGGUGUUUAGUACUCCUCUGAGCAAUCUCAGUCUGCUUAUCAUGGCUAAAAACCCAUUUGACUGCACGUGUGAGAGCAUCCUGUGGUUUGUGACAUGGUUAAAUACCACCAAAGUGACCAGUGUACCAGGUCUCAGAGACCAGUAUGUCUGUAACACACCACUAGCUUACUUUAAGCGCCCCAUCAUGGAUUUUGACCCACUUUCUUGCAAAGAUAUGACCCCGUUUCAGGAACUUUACAUAUUUACCUGCACGGCAGUUUUAAUGCUAAUUUUUGGUGCACUUCUGGUUCGGUUCCAUGGCUGGAGGAUUCAGUUUUAUUGGAACAUAUUAAUCAAUCGCACAUUAGGAUUUAGCGAUGUCGCAGUGGAAGAGGACAGAGACUUUGAGUUUGAUGCUUAUCUCAUACAUGCCGAAGAAGACGCCAAAUGGGUGGAGAGACGAUUGGUCCCAUUGGAGAACGAAACUUGCCGGUUUUGCUUGGAUGAUCGCGAUUCAGUUAUUGGCCAUUCUCUGCUUGAGUCCAUCGUAAAUAACAUGAGAAAGUCCAGAAAAAUCUUGUUUGUUGUGACAGAAAACCUUCUCAACGAUCCCUGGUGUAGACAAUUUACAGUCCACCAUGCGCUGCACCAGGUCAUUGAAGCCAGCAGAGACUCGGUUGUCCUCAUCUUCCUGGAGGACGUGCACGACUACAAGUUGUCUCGCAGACUUUUCCUCCGCAGAGGCAUGUUACGGUCCAGCUGCAUCCUGGAAUGGCCUCCUCAGAAGGAAAGGGUGUCCGCUUUUUACCAAAAACUGCUCAUUGCACUUGGAUUGACCAAUCGGCUGCAGGAGUGA